CUAAUAUCCUCCUCGCGAAUAUUCGCCGCGUCCCCACUCCGCUCCCCGCAGAUCCUCCCUUUCCCUUCCCCUCUAUUUCAUCACCCCGUCCACCGCGGCGAUCACCGGCGCAAUCCAUCCACCCGCCCACCGAAAAUUUCCUUUCUUUCGCGAAUAUUGGCCAUGAAGUUCGGCAAGAGCCUGAGCGGGCAGAUCGUGGAGACGCUGCCGGAGUGGCGCGACAAGUUCCUGUCCUACAAGGACCUCAAGAAACUCCUCAAGCUCAUCGGCGCCGGCGGCAGGGCCGAGCGGCAGCCGAAGCGGCCCCGCCGCGAGGACGCCGGGGAGGAUGCGUCUGCGGCGGCGAUGACGCCGGAGGAGGCGGAUUUCAUGCGGCUGCUGGAGGCCGAACUCGACAAGUUCAACUCUUUCUUCGUCGAGAAGGAGGAGGAGUACAUCAUCCGCCAGAAGGUGCUGCAGGACCGGGUGGCGAGGGCGGCCGGGCGGGAGUCCAAGGAGGAGCUCAUGCGGGUGCGCAAGGAGAUCGUGGACUUCCACGGCGAGAUGGUGCUGCUCGAGAACUACAGCGCCCUCAAUUACACCGGAUUGGUUAAGAUUCUAAAGAAAUAUGACAAGAGAACUGGAGCCCUGAUCCGGCUGCCCUUCAUCCAGAAAGUCCUGCAGCAGCCUUUCUUCACCACUGAGCUCCUGUUCAAGCUAGUGAAGCAGUCUGAAGCCAUGCUGGAGCAGCUCCUACCGACAAACGAACCAUCUGUAUCAAGUGAAGAUGGAAAAGGAGACAGCAACUACGAAGAGAAGCCUGCAAAGCCCAGUUCUUCCUUGGUAAACAGUGGUGGUGUCCCGGAGUUAGAUGAGAUUGAGUACAUGGAGAGCAUGUACAUGAAGAGUACGGUUGCGGCGCUUAGGUCACUGAAGGAGAUCCGGAGCAAGAGUUCGACUGUCAGCAUGUUCUCGUUGCCACCUCUUCAGGGCAACAAUGCACCGGAAGAUCAGGAGAGGUGGAACAAAAUACCUAUAAUAGAGCAGGCCGCCAAAUGACAUGACCAAUUUGCAACAUCUGGUGCCUCCUCUACGCUUGGCAACUGUAAUCUUGACAUUUGCUAGAGAUGGGACCAGGAUCUUAUAUUCAGUAAUUUGUAUGGAUUCAGGAUUCCUAACAGCUGUAAAACGGUGGAAAUGUUCAGUAUACAUUGCUAAAUCAUAGAAUUCCAACAUAACCAUCAGAAAGAACUGAGGUGAUUUUGUUCUC